AGGGACGGCGGGGGGAGGGGAGGGGAGCGGGCGGCCCCGCCCCUCCCCGCAACCUGAGGCGGGAGCGCCGCCAGCAGCGCGGCUCCUCUGCGCUCCUCUCCGCUCCUCCGCUCCGCUCCGCUCCGCUCCUCUCGGCUCCGCUCCCGCCGAGGCCGGGCGCGGCUGGCCCGCGGCUGCGCGGCGCGGCGGCCCCGGCGCCGCCAAUGACGGGAGCGGCUGCGGCGAGCGGGGCUGCGGGGCCGGGGGCGGCGGCGGCGGCGCGGCGCUGAGCGGCGGCGGCGGAAGAUGUCCUCCCAGGGCAGGUUCAAGAAGGACAAGGAGAUCAUCGCCGAGUACGAGGCGCAGGUGAAGGAGAUCCGUACGCAGCUGGUGGAGCAGUUCAAAUGCCUGGAGCAGCAGUCGGAGUCGCGCCUGCAGCUCUUGCAGGACCUGCAGGAGUUCUUCCGCCGGAAAGCGGAGAUCGAGCUGGAGUACUCCCGCAGCCUGGAGAAGCUGGCCGAGCGCUUCUCCUCCAAGCUGCGCGGCUCCAGGGAGCACCAGUUCAAGAAAGAUCAGCACCUGCUUUCCCCUGUGAACUGCUGGUAUCUGGUUCUGACGCAGACCCGGCGUGAGAGCAGAGAUCAUGCUACCCUGAACGACAUUUUCAUGAACAAUGUCAUCGUCCGACUGUCACAGAUCAGUGAGGAUGUCAUCAGACUUUUUAAAAAGAGCAAGGAAAUCGGCUUGCAGAUGCAUGAAGAACUCCUGAAAGUCACCAAUGAGCUUUACACAGUGAUGAAAACUUACCACAUGUAUCAUGCAGAAAGCAUCAGCGCCGAGAGCAAGCUGAAAGAGGCAGAGAAGCAGGAAGAAAAACAGUUCAACAAGUCGGGGGACAUCAGCGUGAACCUGCUGCGGCACGAGGACAGGCCUCAGCGGCGGAGCUCCGUCAAGAAGAUUGAGAAGAUGAAGGAAAAGAGACAAGCCAAAUAUUCUGAAAACAAGCUGAAGUGUACUAAAGCCAGGAAUGACUACCUGCUGAACCUGGCAGCCACCAACGCGGCUGUCAGUAAAUACUACAUCCACGAUGUCUCCGACCUCAUCGACUGCUGUGAUCUGGGAUUCCACGCCAGUCUAGCCCGAACCUUCAGGACAUACCUGUCUGCUGAGUAUAACCUAGAAACCUCACGUCACGAGGGCCUGGACAUCAUCGAGAACGCUGUGGACAACUUAGACGCACGAAGCGACAAGCACACGAUCAUGGACAUGUGCAACCAGGUCUUCUGCCCGCCUCUGAAGUUCGAAUUCCAGCCCCACAUGGGGGACGAGGUGUGCCAAGUGAGCGCCCAGCAGCCUGUGCAGACCGAACUGCUGAUGCGGUACCACCAGCUGCAGUCUCGGCUGGCCACCCUCAAGAUAGAGAACGAAGAGGUACGAAAAACUCUGGAUGCUACGAUGCAGACUUUGCAAGACAUGCUGACGGUGGAAGACUUUGAUGUUUCAGAUGCCUUCCAGCAUAGCCGCUCCACUGAGUCGGUCAAAUCAGCUGCUUCAGAGACCUACAUGAGCAAAAUAAACAUUGCCAAGAGGAGAGCCAACCAGCAGGAAACGGAAAUGUUCUAUUUUACAAAAUUUAAGGAGUAUUUGAACGGCAGUAACCUUAUCACCAAGCUCCAGGCUAAACACGACUUGCUGAAGCAGACCCUGGGAGAAGGUGAAAGAGCUGAGUGCGGAACAACCAGGCCCCCAUGUCUUCCCCCUAAACCACAGAAAAUGAGGAGACCUAGGCCUCUCUCAGUCUAUAAUCAUAAACUCUUUAACGGCAAUAUGGAAACGUUCAUUAAGGAUUCAGGACAGGCUAUCCCGCUUGUGGUAGAAAGCUGCAUUCGUUACAUCAAUUUGUACGGCCUUCAGCAACAGGGUAUUUUUAGAGUUCCUGGCUCUCAGGUUGAAGUCAAUGACAUCAAGAAUUCGUUCGAAAGAGGUGAAGAUCCCCUUGCUGAUGAUCAAAACGAACGUGACAUUAAUUCAGUGGCUGGAGUCUUGAAGCUGUAUUUCCGAGGACUGGAAAACCCUCUCUUUCCUAAGGAAAGGUUUCAAGAUUUGAUAUCUACUAUAAAAAUCGAGAACCCCACGGAGAGAGUGCACCAGAUCCAGCAAAUCAUCGUCACUCUGCCCCGGGCUGUCAUCGUUGUCAUGAGAUAUCUUUUUGCUUUCCUUAAUCACUUGUCGCAGUACAGCGACGAGAACAUGAUGGAUCCCUACAACCUGGCCAUCUGCUUUGGGCCGACCUUGAUGCACAUCCCAGAUGGGCAGGAUCCGGUGUCCUGCCAAGCCCAUGUCAAUGAGGUCAUCAAAACCAUCAUCAUUAAUCACGAGGGCAUCUUCCCCAGCCACAGGGAGCUGGAAGGACCUGUCUACGAGAAGUGCAUGACUGGAGGCGAGGAGUACUGUGACAGCCCCCACAGUGAGCCCGGCACCAUCGACGAGGUUGACCAUGACAACGGCACAGAGCCGCACACCAGUGAUGACGAAGUGGAGCAGAUUGAAGCCAUAGCCAAGUUUGACUACAUUGGACGGUCCCCGCGAGAGCUCUCCUUCAAGAAAGGGGCCUCGCUCCUCCUGUACCAUCGGGCUUCGGAGGACUGGUGGGAAGGGAGGCACAACGGCGUGGACGGCCUCAUACCCCACCAGUACAUUGUGGUGCAAGACAUGGAUGAUGCCUUCUCCGACAGCUUGAGUCAGAAGGCGGACAGCGAGGCAAGCAGCGGACCGCUGCUGGAUGAUAAAGCCUCGUCCAAGAAUGACAUCCAGUCUCCGACAGAUCAUAUUCCAGACUACGGAUUUGGGGGAGUAAUGGGCCGAGUGAGAUUGAGGUCUGACGGUGCAGCUAUCCCUCGCCGUCGAAGCGGGGGGGACACCCACAGCCCCCCCCGAGGGCUGGGUCCUGGCAUAGACACUCCUCCUCGAGCGGCGGCCUGUCCUAGCAGCCCCCACAAAAUACCACUAAACAGAGGCAGGAUUGAGAGUCCCGAAAAGCGCAGAAUGGCGACAUUCGGCAGUGCAGGGAGCAUCAAUUACCCAGACAGGAAGGCCUUGUCUGAUGGCCACCCGCUGAGAUCGACCUGUGGAUCGACUAGACACAGUAGUCUUGGAGAUCAGAAAUCCCUAGAAGCAGAAGCGCUUGCCGAGGACAUCGAGAAGACCAUGAGCACGGCGCUGAACGAGCUGCGGGAGCUGGAGAGGCAGAACACGGCGAAGCAGGCCCCGGACGUGGUGCUCGACACGCUGGAGCCGCUGAAGAACCCGCCGAUGGGCUCCGUGAGCUCGGAGCCCGCCAGCCCGCUCCACACCAUCAUGAUCCGCGACCCCGACGCGGCCAUGCGACGCAGCAGCAGCUCCACGGCGGAGAUGAUGACCACCUUCAAGCCGGCGCUGUCGGCGCGGCUGGCCGGGGCCCAGCUGCGGCCCCCGCCCCUGCGCCCGGCGCGGCCCGCGGUGCAGCACCGCUCCAGCAGCAGCAGCAGCUCCGGCGUGGGCAGCCCGGCCGUCACCCCCACCGAGAAGCUCUUCCCCAACAGCUCCGCCGACAAGUCCGGCACCAUGUAGGAGUCGCGGCCGAGGGACCGCCGCUCUGCCGCGUCCCGCCCGGUGCCGCGGGAACUCCGAGUCGUGCUCGGAAGGAAACUCUGGGAGGAAAACCACGGCGUGGCCCGGGGCCCCGUGAUUCGGUUAUGCCUAUAUAUAUAUAUGUACACGCCUCCGUGCAGAAACAUUUACCGAGAUUGCAGUUAAACUGUGCGGCAGAGUGAGAUGGCAGUUCUGCGUAGUGUCACUGGAGAACACACGUUAUAUGUAGAAGUAUAUAAAGAAAUAGUGUACAGAGUUCAGUAACUUUUUUUUUCAAGUAGAUUUACCUCAGAAGCUGGCUCUGAAACGUCCUCUCUAGCGAUGUUUGGUUGAUUUUGUUUCUCGGGAUAUCCGUGUGUGCGCGCGCGUACGUGUGUGGAGGUGCAUAGCGACCGUGCAUCGAGCAAUACAGGGCCGAUCCUGGAAUUCGUAUUCUGCACCUGUCGGUAUUUGGAAACAAACAAUAAAGUGAAGGGAACGUG